UGUCGUAUGACGUACGGUCGACGUUUGCUGGGGAACAAAUUAUUUUCUGAUGGAGUUGUGUAUCUAUUUCCCAGUAUUUCAGUUCGCAUUGCUUAUCGAAACUCAUUUUACGUCGGAAUAGUGUUUCUAAAAGUGCACAGAAAUACGUAGUUUUAUUUUCCGAAGGGGUUAUCAGGAUUCGAAACGUACCAAGAAAGGGAUUUCGAACAUUGUUUAUUGCAUCGGGAACGAAAUUUAAGUGAUAUAAAAUUUCAAUAGUUUUCAGCUGAUGCAAAAAGCUCAGCAGCAAAAGGUGGAAGAAAGAAGUUGCAAAAUUCAAGGUGAAGUAAAAAUAUUAUUUGCAGCCAAACAUAGCCGUUCUGUAGUGCACUGCAUAAGAAAGAACCAUAAAGGUCAACGCGUUUUACAACGAGGUACAACACCGUAAGUUUUAUUUGGUGCUGCGAUAGAAAGGCGUAGUUACGGUGGUGGGAAACAUUGAGAGCCAGACUGCUUCUGGAAGUGCCUAGUUCGUGUGGGUAUAGUAAAAAAUUGUUAUCCGUCAGCGUGCCCGUAGUAAAAAAAACAGCUGGACCAAGCUGUGAAACCAAGAGAUUAACUGUGCAAAAUGGCAGAUCAAGAAUCGGACAUGGAAUACUCAUCGGACAACGAUUACGAGUUUGAAGAUUACUAUAAUUCAGGCCUAGAAGAUUGUGAUAUCGAGCAGAUCGACCCGAAACGCUCCGAUCCGGAAUAUUUCGUUUACGAUUGCCUGGAUGUGGAAGAGGUAGAAAAACUACUCAACGAACGGGUUGAGAAGUUGAGCAAUUCACUCCAGAUAACGCCUUCGUUGGCCAAGGUGCUACUACACGAAACCAGAUGGAAUACUGCCGAGGUGGUGGAAAAGUAUAGAAACAACGCAUCCAAUCUGCUGGUUAGUGCCCGUAUUAAGGCAGCACCGGCACUCGUGGCAUCAACUUCAUCUGCUCCGCUCCUAGCUCCCAGUUUAAGCGGGAUAAUUCCAAUUGCCGGAAUCUUGCCAGCAGCAGUUCCUGGCACUAGUACGAAAUCACACACACUGACUGCACUGUCGCCAACAGCGUACCGCACACAUCUCUGCCCAGUUUGUGUUACCGUUCAGACACUGGAUAAAUUCCAUAAUCUCUCCUGUCAGCACUCGUUUUGCAGAGACUGUUGGGCGAUGCACUUCGAAAUUCAAAUUAGUCAGGGUAUUUCUACUCAGAUUGGUUGUAUGGAGCAACGAUGUGACGUUCGGGUGCCCGAGGACUUGGUGCUAAAUCUGCUCAAUCGGCCUAUGUUGCGGGAUAAAUACCAGCAGUUUGCCUUUGCUGAUUACGUAAAAUCUCAUCCAGAGUUACGGUUUUGUCCGGGACCAAAUUGUCAGAUAAUUAUCCGCAGCUCGGACAUCAGUCCUAAGAAGGCCACCUGUCGAGUGUGUAAGACGAGUUUUUGCUUCCGCUGCGGUACCGACUAUCACGCCCCUACGGAUUGCCAAAUCAUCCGCAAAUGGCUAACCAAAUGUGCCGACGAUAGCGAAACAGCCAACUAUAUCAGCGCCCACACGAAGGACUGCCCAAAGUGUCACAUCUGUAUAGAAAAAAAUGGUGGCUGCAAUCACAUGCAGUGCUUCAACUGUAAACACGACUUUUGUUGGAUGUGCCUAGGCGACUGGAAGGCGCACGGCUCGGAAUAUUAUGAGUGCUCACGGUAUAAAGAAAACCCGAACAUUGCCCACGAAUCCGUUCACGCACAGGCACGCGAAGCCCUUAAGAAGUACCUCCACUAUUAUGAACGUUGGGAAAAUCACUCGAAGUCACUGCAACUGGAACAGCAAACCUUAGAUCGCAUGAAGACGCGUAUUAACGAGAAAGUAAUGAAGGGUCUUGGUACCUGGAUUGAUUGGCAAUAUUUGUUCGAUGCUGCGGCUCUAUUAGCAAAAUGUCGAUACACUCUUCAGUAUACCUAUCCAUAUGCUUACUUCAUGGAAGCUGGGUCCAGAAAGGAUUUAUUCGAAUAUCAACAGGCUCAACUAGAAGCGGAAAUAGAAAACCUGUCGUGGAAGGUUGAACGUGCGGAAACCACCGAUCGUGGUGAUCUAGAAAACCAGAUGGAUGUGGCCGAGAAACGAAGAACUACGCUCCUCAAAGAUUUUUUUCCAACAGAGGCGUGAGAUAACCGAUCGUGUGUAUUUUAGGUAACGGACAACAAACUGAGAUAUAAAACAUAUGACUCCCACCUUCUCAACCCAAUCUUGUGACCUAGUCCCAACCAAACCGAGGUUGCAGGGUGUUUACCGUCUUCGUCUAAUGUCAACCCUUGUAAACAAACAGUGUGGAACUUAUUACCGUGGUUUGAAAUCCAUUUCGUAACAAUCGUAAUAAUAUUUCAUUCUAAAUUAAAGUUAAUUCCAGCCGGUAGAUGAAAUACUAGAUAAAUCUUUAAGUUAGAAGCUAUUCUAAAAUAUGAUAUUCCUAUGAUUGCACCAAAUGAUCUUCAAAAUAAAGUAAACGAACCGUACGAAUAAACCUACCAUCAUCCGAUUGGUUGAGAAAACCAAAACGUGUUGCUUUAAUGUUUAUAGAUUUCGAGUAUAACCUAGUGGAGAUCGAACAUCGAAAUCGCAGCUUAUCUUACUCCACCACCCGUGAAACGUAAGCGGGAAAUGAAAAGAAGGCUCUUAAUUACAUCUUGUGUUUCUAUUUUCGAUAGCGUUUAAUGUUAGACGAAACAAUUUCGGACAGUAUGAGCAAUUUAAUCAUUUAUACUACAAAACGUUAGUAUAUAAUGGGGAAGAAGCUUGUCUAUAAAUAGUAAUAAAGUGACAACCCAUUUUAAGUA